AGUUUUCGCGGCAGAAUUAUUUGAUAUUUUCCCCGUAAUAAAAACAAAAAAUUAGCAUGCAAUUUAAUCCAUCCUUAUGCAAGCUGAAAACAAUAAUUUAUUUGUUUGUUUUCGCCAAUUACGGAUUUGGACGGUUCAAUAUAAUAAACCCGUAUGCGGCUUUAUUCAAAGCUAACAAGUUCUUAACAAUUAAGGUCGGUCCGGUCUACCAAUUAAAAGAUUAAAAGAUCGCUAACGGUAACAAGUUCUCUGUCUGCCUAAUUAGCUGCUAAUUAAAGCAACUGUUACCGAUUUUGUUUGAUUGGCAUGUCGACAUGAUCUGCUCAAAAUGCAAACUGUUGCCGUAAUAUGUAUAAAAUGCAACGUAGACUUUCGAUUAUCACUAUAACCAUUGCAUCAAUUAUGGAGUUCAUAAGAAGUCAGAGAGGCGCGGCAAAGCUUUGUUAUGAAGGGUUCACGUACACGAAGAAAAAGGAGACGAAGUCGACGAUGCGAUGGGAAUGUUCCCAGCGUCGAAGCGAGAAUUGCAAGGGUACCGCCACUACGGACAAUCCACCAACACGGGUGAUUUCCUCAACAGAUCACGUCCACGUCAACGACCAAUUCUACGUGGAGGCGUUGAAGGUGCGACAAGAAAUCACGGCCGCGGUGAUCUCGAAUGGGGGCCAGCCUCAUAGGAUCCUGGCGGACAAGCUGGUACAUCAUCCAGUGGAGGUCCGAGUAGCAGCGGGUACUACCGAGACCAUAAAGAGACAUAUGCGUGCUAAGAAGGCAGGCCAGACACCGAAGAACCCUGAGAAACUCGAGGACAUACCAAUUCCAUUCCCGGAGGCCUACAGGACCAAACUGAUCUACGAUAACGAGUCCACGCGUAGUAGGAUGCUGGUCUUUGCCUCUGAGGCUGGGUUGGGACUUCUUGAGUCGGCGACAACGUGGUUCAUGGACGGGACAUUCUCUACCGCUCCACAUGUGUUCGACCAAGUUUUCACCGUGCGUGUGCCACUUGGAGAGAUGUCGGGGACAGUAGCAUAUGCCUUGCUGCCAUCCAAGGACCAAACUUCGUAUGAGGAGUGCAUGACAGCUGUACUGGAUGCGUGUCUAACUAGGGACAUCCGUCCAACUCCGUCCAAGGUCGUGUGCGACUUCGAGGUGGCCAUCCAUAAUGCUGUUCGUCAGGUUAUGGCGAACGAUAUCCAGAUACAGGGCUGCUUCUACCACCUUACGCAGAGUACCUGGCGUCGUAUACAGGGGGACGGCCUGCAGGUCCUAUACAGAGAGGAUGAAGAAAUAAGACAGUUCUGCGGACGACUCGACGGUCUGGCGUUGCUGCCGACGGAUAAGGUGCUAGAAGGCAUGGCCAUCUUAAAGGACACGGCCCCUUCAGCGCUGACUGGGAUCGUCGACUACUUCGACAAUACCUACGUGAGCGGCGGAUUUCGGUCCGUGAGGACCGCUGACGGCAUGAUGCGCUUCAGGAGAACGCCGCCCCGUUUCCCGCUAGAUAUCUGGAACGUACACGCUGCAACAGUCAGUGACGAAGCUAGGACCAACAACCUGUGCGAGGCUUGGAACAAUGGGUUCCAAGUUUUGGUUGGGCACCAGCACCCGUCUCUGUGGACUGUAGUUGACUGCUUCAUGAAAGACGCCGCUAUGGUGGAGACUGAGGUGUAUCGCGUGCGCAACGGUGAGCCUUCAAUUAAGCCGAAGAAGAAGUCAACAGAGCGAUACCAGCGGCGUCUGAAGACUUUGUGCGAGCAGGUGGCGAGUGGUGAGAAGAGUGUGAGUCAGUUUUUGAACGUUGUCGGCGGACUUGUGCGAUUGAAGUAGUGUUUGAGUGUAUUGUUUAUGUAAGAAUGCAUAUAUGUUUGAACGUAUGUAUGAUUGUAACUGUGAAUGUAUAUAUGUAUGUAUGUAUGUAUGAAUGUAUGUAUGUAUGUAUGAAUGUAUGUUUUGAACGUUUAUGUAAGCAUGUAUAUAUUUUUUAAUGUAUGUCUGAAUGUAUGUAUGCAUGAUUGUAACUGUGAAUGUAUGUAUGCAUGUAAUGUGUGUAUUUAUGUAUGUAUGUAUGAAUGUAUGUUUUGAACGUUUAUGUAAGCAUGUAUAUAUUUUUUAAAUGUAUGUCUGAAUGUAUGUAUGUAUGAUUGUAACUGUGAAUGUAUGUCUGCAUGUAAUGUGUGUA